AUGGCCCCCAAACGCAGACAUAUUCAAAAGGGUUCUCGGGAAGCCUACUUUGGUACUAUUGCCAUCCGAAUCGAUGAACUUGAUGUCACAAAUAAUCCCAGUCAGGCAAUUGACCAAGAGGAUGUGGAUGAGGCGGUUGAAAAUCUAGCAAUGGGAGCGUGUCGCUUUCAUAAAGACACUAGAAUGAGGGCGUCACUCAGCGAGAAAGAUUUCGAAACGGUUCCUGAAACAUGGUACAUCUCAGGGCGCAUUUCUGGUGGUACCACUGUGAAUGUCACGUUGGACGACAUCAGACGCAAGUUGAUGAAUACGGAAGGGGUCGUUUUGGGAGAUUUUAUCCACUUGAAAAAAUGGCCGGGUAACUGUGAAAAAGAAGCAUUGCUUUCGGGGCAUUCAUGGAGGAUUGCUCUUCAGCGAAUAUUAGCUGAUCAGCAAAAGGCUGCUGAAGCGGGUGACACGAGUCCAGAUGGAAGCAAAGUUACGGUACCUUCUGAAGAUGCUUUUUUCUGGACGGUUGAUAUGUUUGAAAGUUCCAAAAUCCAUACAGGUGGUCCGGAUAGUAUCCUACAAACCAACCAUUGUGAUUUCAACAAACAGGAAAUUGACGGCUAUCACUUUCUACGUAUUACCAAGGCUUGCAAGGGAAAAAGUGCAAAAUUCCAAAAGGAUAUCUUCAAAAAAUCGUGGUUUACUCCCUGGGUCCAAAACGAGCUCGGUGUACACAUCCCCCCCUCCCGGGUUUCAAGGGUGUUGGCCAUUGUUAACUCUGAAUGCUGGCGCGCCAUAUGGGAGAAAUACUUGGAAACGGCCUAUGGUUCAAUCGGUUUCAAUUUUACAUUUGGCGAGUGGCUGGUAAAUGCAAAAUUUGAUGAACUCUGGGAGCUCGAAUUCAAUAAGAUAUUCGAGUUCCAGCGUUUGGUCUUUAGGGGUUUUACAAUGAAAGUGAGCGCUCGAGAUUGGGGAUGUCUGAUUGAUUUCACAAAGGAGGACUAUAGCGCCGAGACAUUUGGAUUACUGUUUUACCCAACAAAAAAAGAUUACAUCGAGGGCACCCUUGUUGGAACACAUCUGGAACUGUCCCAUAAGUGGUUCACUGUUUGGUCUCUACCAAAAUUGCAAACGGCCCAGUCAUAUGGCGAUAAAAUCUUUUUGACCCGAAGGCCUGGGUUUCUUUCAAAGCUCACCGACGAAGAUUAUCGGCACAGUUUUCAUAGUCUACUCGAUAACCCAGGGAUUAGCUGUCCAUCUUGGGAUGACUUUCUGAAGUUGGAAAAGUUUGUUGGACAACCAACAAAGCGUGUUCUGCAGCACAUGGUGUGGUGGACAGAUCAAUCCUUUAUCUAUCCAAAGUCAUCCUCCAGAGAACUGAAAUCGUGGAACUGGAUUGUCAAGCUUCGCAAGCGCGUAUUUCAAAGAUCUAGACUAGCUCAAGGUGCAGCUAGACCUUGGAGACUAGAAAGCGAUGACACAACAGAAGAUGAUGGCCGUGUUGUAGUCGAUUCCUUGGAUGCACACGUCUCGAACUUCUUACAGAGUGUUUGGGAGAAAAUUUCAACCAACAAAUCAUGGGGAGAUUGUGAUAUGGAGCAGCAUGAAACGCUCAUGGCCGAAUAUAUGGAGCGUUUCACCCAGCCACACUGGGCAGCAUUGGUCGAACUACUGGUUGAGUAUGCUGGCCCAAUGUCGAAAUACAACCACAUACAGGAUUCUGUGGAGGCAUCUGCUUCAUCGGGUUCCUCAAUGGUCAAGGCCGUGUAUGCAAGCCACAUCUAUCUCAAAGAAACUCCCGCACUCAAUACCCCAUCCAUGAAAGCCAAUCUUUUGAGAAAGUGCGAGAUACUCGGAGCAAUCUGGAUGUACCAGACCUUAAAAAAGGCCAUGCUUACAACCUUGGAGUUUGGAUAUUGCGGAAGCUCUGGAGACACAAACGAGCAAAUGGGGUCUGUUGCGGACAAGAAAGACUGGAAUGUUGCGUUGAGUGCAUUGCAUGAUAUUGCUAUCUUUCAGAUAUGCGGGCUUUGA